AUGGAUUCUCCGACGAAACGUUUAAUUCUUUCAGUUAUCGCAAAGCUGUAUGAUCCAAUGGGUUGGUUAUCUCCAGUUGUAAUAGUCGCUAAGCGUUUAAUGCAGCAGCUAUGGCUUCAAAAGCUACAGUGGGAUGAGCCUGUACCCACUGAUUUGGAGGAUUAUUGGUCCAAAUAUUAUAAGCGUCUUACCCAACUUCAAGCAAUCCAGAUACCGCGAUGGACCGGACAAGGUGCUGACAAUCUGGGUUGCGAGCUGCAUGGCUUUUCUGACGCUUCGAGCAGAUCUUAUGCUGCAAUCGUAUAUCUCCGUAUUAUUCAGGAGGAUGGAAGUGCACGAGUAACUUUACUGAUUGCUAAAACGAGAGUGGCUCCUAUCCUACCUGUGACCAUACCUAGACUUGAAUUGUGUGGAGCUCAAUUAUUAGCUAAGACUCUACAUUUUUUAAUUUCAACAAUGGGGUUUGAAAGUAUCCCACUUUAUUGUCACACUGAUGCCUCUGUAGUGUUAGCUUGGUUAACCAAGCAUCCAUCGACUUGGCGUACAUUCGUAUCUAAUCGAGUGGCUCAUAUUCAUGAGCUUGUUCCAAACGCUAAGUGGAGAUAUGUUCCCACUAAGGAAAAUCCCGCUGAUUGCGCUUCCAGGGGUCUCUUCCCAGAAGAAUUGAAGGAUCAUCCCUUAUGGUGGCAUGGUUCACAAUGGCUGACCAAACAUUCUGCUAGUUCGCCAGAAUCAAGGUCCGUUUUGUCUCAAGAUAUGGACCUUGAGUGGAGUAAGAAAGUUACUUAUCAUACUAUGAAGCAGGCUAAGCAACCCUUCGACCUAGCUGAUAGGUUUUCGUCUUGA